AUGGUCAAGGUAAAGCGUGAGGGUCGAAAAGCCAAACGGACUACCGUACCGCCUCGUGUGCCCGAGGCCGACGCUGCCAAACGAGAACGAUCGCUGCGCGCCUGCACCCGGUGUCGUGCUCGAAAGCAAAGGUGCGACAAUGCCCUGCCUCACUGUAGCAACUGCAUCAAGGGCGGCGUAGCAUGCGAAGCGUUCCCUAUCAACGUCGUCUCGCGAGAGAAUCUGCUACAACUGUACGAUCAACUGCAGGACAGCACACGCCGCAACAACGUGCUGCAGGAAGAGCUCGACGUGGUUCGGCUGGUGAACCACGACCCGCUCAGUCAGUUCAGCGCCUUGGUCGCUCAUCAGGAAAGGUCGACCACCCCUGCUCUCACCACGAAGGACAAAAGGAAGAACGCAGCCUUGCUUCCUCGAUCGAGCGACAAGCAAGCGCCUGCAAUGCCAGCUCUCGAGGGCUUUGCGGAGAUCCUCGGAAGCUGUUUCCCUGCCGUCGCCCCUGCCGUGUGCUUGGCGGUGAGCAGCGUCACCACGCCUCGAAUGCACGAACGCGCGAACAAUGUCGCUGCCCUGGCCUCCCUCCCCAUGCAGGAGCUGUACUCGAUUCUCGCCAUGAGAUCGGGGCUUUCUGGUCAAGCUGCCAUCAAAGCCUCGACCGGCCGUAUGGAAGCGUCGGUCAAAGAGACAGCAAACACGCUCUUUGCUGCCGCCGACAUGACGCGAGUCGCCGCAAUCAUGCUCUGGACGCUUCUGGCGCUCGUCAAGCGUCGCGUCGAGGACCUCUUGCGACUCGACAAGGUGCUGACCGGCUUUAUGAAAGUCUGGCAGAACAGAGCGGCAGCCGAGGCCUCCGCUCUGCUAUGCGAUGUCAUGACCAUCUUCUACCGAGCCUAUAGCUGGAUCCAUCUGCAGACCGCGAUCACGGGAGGCAGUCUGCAGAUCGAGGUCUCGAGCGUGCUCAGUCUGGACGCCAUGGACGCUUCGCGAUGCAAGCUUGACAUGCGUUCGUUCGCGUCGGCGUUCCAGGUCGAGGUGGCUCGGCUCGAGUACCAGACGCUGUGCCUCUUCUCCUUGCCCACCGGCUGCCUCACGGACAUGCAGCACGCCGAAGCGGUGUGGACGCUGCUCACCACGCUCAAGCAGCUGUCGGACGUGUUGGAGCAGCGCACCCUCUUGCUGGGUGCGGGCUUCGACUCGGCGACGCCCGAACAGGAUGGCCUGCUGCGGUCGAAGCUGGCUGUGCAGCUAUACGGCGUGUUUCCGCGUCUGCUCGCGCGCCACAAUGCAGACAGGCGACUGUGGCGAUGGCUCGCCAAUGCCGGCCCGCUCGCGGCGACCGCGCUGUCGCUGUAUCACUUUGCAUGGGCGCAAUUCGGAUGGCUCGGCGACCACGCACUCGACGCAGCAACGCUGGCGGAUCUCUUGGCGGCAUUUGCGUGGAUCCAUCAGCAGCAAACGCUGCACAACGACUCGCGCCCGGACCAAGCCAAGACGGUCGAGGCUGCGAUCGAGCUCGGCGAGCACAGUCUGACUCGAUGGCCGCAGCUGGGCGGCACGCUCACUUCUACCUUGCACGAGCUGCGCGCCGUUCGCGAGUACGCCGCGUUCGGUGCGCCGCUGUGGCCGUGCGUGCCGGCGUACAGUGCGUCGAGCCCGGCGCAGACGUCGUCGAUCCGCACGCCCACGGGCAGCGAGGUGGCGCUGCAUCCGGCGGGAUGGCCCCACUGGGCGUCCGACGAUGCCAGCGCCUCGCUCGCCGCCCAGAUGGCCGCCGACAAUCCGUGGUGCGAGUCAGAGCUCCACCCGGCACCCCUGCGCGACGAACAUCGCAUCGCCCCCGUCCUCGUCUACAUGGACGAGGCCAACCGCACCUCGUAA